AUGUUAUACGCUCUUGAUACGUUGAAUAUGAGUAUGUCAUGGUCAGAUAUCGAGCUUGCAUCAGAAGAAGACGAAGAGUUAGCAGAAGUACGGCUAGGUAUAAAAUCAGGCAAAUGGCCACGGCAUCUGAGUCGUUUCGAAUGUUUGUCAAAGCAGCUGAGGACCCUUGAUUCCCUAGUUUUCAAAGACGAUCUAGUUGUUUUGCCUAAAUCGUUAAGGGAAAAGGCAUUGACUACAGCACAUGAAGGUCAUGUGGGCAGCAACGCCACCAAAAGAAUUCUACGGGACCAUUUCUGGUGGCCCAAUAUGUCUAAAGAGGCCCAGAUUUACGUUAGUAACUGUAUGACCUGUUUAUCCAUGUCAAAGAGAAAUCCACCAGUCCCAUUAAUAAGUCGAAAUCUUCCGGAAGGGCCGUGGGAGGUACUACAAAUUGAUUUUCUUUCAGUACAAGAGUGUAGCUCAGGUCAUUUACUGGUUUGCGUAGAUACGUACUCUCGUUUUUUGCACGUUAUGGAGUUAAGGCUUAUUGAUGCAAGUUCAACCAAUGCAUCAUUAUGCAAGAUUUUCAAGACAUGGGGUUUACCACUAGCUAUCCAAAGUGAUAAUGGGCCUCCUUUUCAAAGUAAAGAGUUUAUAGAAUUUUGGGAGCAUAAGGGAGUAAAGGUUCGUAAGUCCAUACCACUAAGCGCUCAGUCCAAUGGAGCUGUUGAACGCCAAAACCAAGGUAUUAUUAAAGCAAUAGCUGCGGCGAAAAUAGAAAAGCGAAACUGGCGUGAAGCCCUCGAGGAGUAUGUCCACCUACAUAACACUCGCAAACAUCAUGCUAGAUUGGGUGUUACUCCUUUCGAGCUGCUUGUGGGAUGGCGUUACAGGGGCACUUUUCCUAGUUUAUGGGAUGCAAGAAGUAACCUGGAUAGGGCUGACGUGCGGGAAGCUGAUGCUCAUGCUAAAUUAGUUAGUAAAAUAUACGCGGAUGAUCGUCGAGGCGCUAAAAUUAGUAGUAUCAAAGUAGGCGACAAAGUGUUAGUUUACGUACCCCAGAAAACGAAGACAGAUCCUCGUCGUUUUCUAAAGAAAGCUACACAGUUUUGGCUAGGGACGGCGCAAAGGUGGUUGUUCGUGGUGAGAGCGGUACUGAGUUUACAAGAAAUGUGCGAGACGUUAAACUAAUCCCAAGCAGUGCAGAAAAUGAAGGCUUAAUGGAAGAUGAAAAUGACCAAAAUAUGGAAGAGAUGAUAGAUUCAUCACAGGUUCCAUGUACGAAUGAUAGGAUAGAAAUGCAGAGACCACAACGCCAGAUACGAAAACCAGUAUGGUUAAACGAUAUGGAAUUAUAUUAGAUUGUACUAGAUUCUUGGAAUAAGUAGACGAAAUUGAAUAAAAAAAAAACAUAUAAAAAACAGGUUUCGGUGUUUAAGGGAUGGGAUUUUUUUGUUGUAUUUUUAUAAAAUAAUUGUUUUUACGUAUAAUUACUAAUUUGAAAUUUCAAUACCGGAGAGUAGAAGAGAGGUAGAUUGUAGGGAUUAUAAGGUAUGGGAGGAAGAGAGUGAGAGAGAAAAGAAAAAAAAGGAGAUAGAUGGAUAGUUGUAUCAACAGCGAGAGAAGGACAAGGAAUGGAAUUGAAGAAAAUAAAUCGUCAGUUGAGUUAGAACUGUCAGCUGGAACACAUAUACUGUGAGUGCGUGGCGUAUUAAUGAGAUCCGAAAAGCGUAUUUCCUCCUCCGGUCACUACACAAGUGUUUGCGUUGGCGGUGAUUUUGUAAGUAUUUUAUGCAAAUUUUAUGAUAUUUAUUAUUAAAAACGUUUUGUUUUGUAGAAUAAACAUAAAAUCAACCACGGAAGCAUGAUUUAGUUGUGGUGGAAGCGAAAAAACAAUGCUUGGAGCAUGGAAUAAAGCCGAAUGAAAUUUCUAACCUUCACGCACGACGCCACCGCUAGGUAAGGUAUGUUUAUGUGUAAUUACGAUCAUUGUUCCAUUUUAGGGUGUGAUUUAUGCAAUAUAACCGUUCCUGGCGGGGAUAGUCAAUAGUCGAUACCCUUUGCAGCUGUGAAGGGGUGCAGAAGAAGGGGCUCGUUACCACCCUUCCCACACCCGGACGCUUUUUCCACGGAUGAAGAAUAUGUUCCUGGCUGUAUGCGCCAAAUCUAACGGUGAUCCGUAUCGUGAACGAAUCGGCAUAAUCGGUGCCGGUCCCCGGCGGUUUGUGAAAGUGGUGGUACACAACGGUAUAGAGUACGAUAGAUAACAUGCAACUGAUCUGCGAAGUGCGCCCCACCUGAUGCUGGCGUUCGGCAAGACACAGAAGGAGAUGGCACAGGAGUUCAACGUCUUGAACAAGGAUGUGCUAGAUUUGUUCCAGAUCGAGGACCGCGACGAUGAGGGAUAGUUGCUGGAGCUAAUUAGUGACAUAGCCAGAAGUGUACAGGCAAGUUGUCGGCGAUUGCCGCCCUGCGCCAUGCCGUUGUGGUGAUGCGAAUUGAUGGAGCGGUCUUUUCCCGCUGCUUAUCUGCUCUAAAGGAUGGGUGUGCUUGGGCCAACAAUCAAUUAGCCGGACCCAACACGAAAUGUACCGCGCAAGGCUUCAUAUUGCUGCGCCAAGCGGCCAACGACUUAAAGUAGGACGUGAACUACGGUGGCAUUGCGCUGAUGGCAUAGCGGUUACAUAAUGUUUAGCAGUAUCAUCAGCAACGUGUUCCUCGGCAACAUUCGGCAUGCGUUUGUGCACAAUCCGCAUCUUUCUAUCCAUCUUAUGAUGCGUUUUCCUCUGAAGCUGUGAAACGGUUGCCAAAUGUACUGGAAUAUUUUAUAGUACUGGAGUAUUUGGCCGUAAACGUACUAGUAAAUUGAAUUAUUAAAAAAAGACAUCAAAACAGUACACUGUUGCCUCGAGUCGAGUACAAGCACCGAUUUGAAAAAAAAAUGCGCCUUAAGAGCUUUAUUGUCAUAUGGAGCAGGACGACCACGACGAACGGCUUUGCUUGCUUGCACUUAAACAUACACACCUUUGGGUUGUAUGAGUCCUGUAUAGCCUGAUUUGUGUAAAAGUAGAUGGUCGAGCUAGCUGUGGCCACACGUCCUCACUAGCGAUUCUUAGAUUAAAAGCGGUUGAUGAAGCUCUUAUACACCUCGAAAUUGAUUAACGCAUGAUACAAAAGUAAGCAAGUCCUUGGCUUACAGAGCAUUAAUGUGUGCCAUUGGAUGUCCUUGGUUGGGAUCUUCGUAGACUAGAAACCCGCUUUUGUUGACGAUAUAGGGCGGUAUUGAUUCCGAGCCAAUCCAACGUAAUAUAUGCCUAUGGUUGUUGCAGAGCGGGUUUUAACGCAGCGAUGUUGUUGAUAUAUCGGCCGAUUUAUUCAACAGAAGGAGGAACAACGAUAUGACGCCAACGCACAAUAGCUUUUCAAUAAAAUGUACACACACGAAUUUCUUUGAAUUUUUCAUUUUGACAGCAUCCAUAUGGGAGGUUUAUAAUGCCGGGAUUUGGGGAUUGAAGCAGACCGAAACGUACCGCAGAGCCGCUGUAAAGCAAUGCGCGUGACGUCACGGAUCGUUGCUCAUUUCGCCUUGUUCUCUGAGUGACAGCCAUACCAUCAAGGCCAGAUCAAGGCGAGAACAAGGCGAACGGUUUCCAUACAGAUUCUCUCUGAGAUUGUUGAAAAGGACACGUACCCGUCUUGCCUGCCU